CCUCGUCCUUUCAUGGAGUUUCUUGUUUCCUGAUAAACCCAGACGAAAAUCUAAGCAAUCUGAUUUCCGACUCUGGGAAAUUGAAGGAAAGUAUCCGAGAUCAAGAUGGGAAACGAGGCGAAGAGUAAUCGAGCUGCUAAUAUCGACGGAGGAGGAUAUAGGACGAAGAUGGAGCAUUUUCUAGACAAGAAGCAUGUCAUGGCUGGGAUCGGGAAUAUCACCGUCGUCUUCGGAGUCCCUUGGUAUCUGAUGAAUCGAGGCUCAAAGCAUCAGUCUCACCAGGAUUACUUGGAAAAAGCCGAUAAAGCACGGAAAGCUCGGCUGUCCUCUGGUUCAUCAUCUGACCAGUAGAAUGCAGACCCUUUUUGCAGAAUCUAGUCACAAACUGAUUGAGAAUGAUUCUACAGCGUUUUCUCUAUGUUCAUAGGACUCUGACAUAGUCCGAGGCAGGCAGUGGCCCAGAUGUUUUUUUGUUUCCCAUCCCAUGAAUCUUCCUGUAAUUUGUUGAGAUUCCAGCAUAUAUGUCAAAUAAACAAGAAGAUCUGAUCACAUUUUUCUUCCUUUU